UGCAAAUCCCGAUAGUCUCUCUCAAUGAUGACGGUCGAGUUGUUCUUGUAUCCGAGGACAGCAAAGGAAGAGCCACAAAGCAAAGAGAACCCGUCAAUAAAGGGAAGAGAAAGCUCAGGCUGAAUGUGGUACCAUUUGCACUAACAUGUGUACUUUACAAGGACUACAUUCUGGCCGACCCCACCUCUGAGGAAGAGUCGAUUAUGGAGACGUGUCUGACCGUGGUACUCAACUCGUCUUUUCAGCUCGUCUCGUUUAAUAAACCUGGUGGGCCCGGUCUGGCACAUGCAUCAGCAAUCCAGGACUGCAUAUCGUUAACGAGACAACGAGUGAAAGAACUUGAGAAGAUUCUGAAUGAAGCAAUCUCUGAUAUGGAAGUCGACUGA